AUGGCCCGUCCCCCCGCCCCACGGGAGCAGGGCCCUGGGGGCAUCUGGGGCAGCCCCAACCUUGGCACUGGGCAGCUGGUAGUGCCCUCUGAGCACUCUGAUGCCAAGCCUUUUCUGGAAGCUCUGGGCCAGAAACACCCCAAGCGCUGGGACGCCCCCACCCAAAACCCCACCAACCCUGGGUUUGGUCCACAAAGCGCUAUCGCCCCUUCCAGUACUUCAGCAUCACCUGGCAGGGAUGCAAACCGAGAGCUACAGCGGGACGCUCGAGGCCUUCGAGCAAGGCCUUGGCUCAGACGGGCUCCUGUGCGGCUUCUCUUCCUGCAGGCCGGCUUUCUUUUCCCUGGCAAGAGUCCUCUAGCAGAGGAAUCACCAGGGAGCCCGCCUGGGGCCACGACGGCCCUCUUCACAACAAGCCGCUCUCCCGGGAAGCCUAGUAUGGAUAUAGAUGGCAUUCUUUCUAUCACACUUUUGGCAGGACAAGUUUGCUGCCAGAAUGACUGUGAUGGUUUAGGUGUUGCUGUUCCUCUGCCGAAGGCAGAUGCAUUCGUAGCUGUACUGAUGGAAAUUAAUGGACUGUAUGGGGACUCGCCUGUUCUGUCCCAGUGGUGGUCUACCACAGCACUGCAAGCAGUGAAGAUAUGCCGGUGGCCUUGCAUGCCCUGUGUUGGGAAAUCAUGUUUAUUGUUACAGUUUACAGACAAGCGAUUUCAACCAGUCCAUGAUCUUACUAUUGGUGUAGAAUUUGGGGCUCGAAUGAUAACUAUUGAUGGAAAACAGAUAAAACUUCAGAUAUGGGAUACGGCAGGGCAGGAGUCCUUCCGUUCCAUCACAAGGUCUUACUACAGAGGGGCAGCAGGGGCUUUACUAGUGUAUGACAUUACAAGGAGAGACACUUUCAAUCACUUGACAACUUGGUUAGAAGAUGCUCGUCAGCAUUCCAAUUCCAACAUGGUCAUAAUGCUUAUUGGAAAUAAAAGUGAUUUAGAAUCUAGACGAGAAGUCAAGAAGGAAGAAGGUGAAGCGUUUGCACGAGAACAUGGACUUAUCUUUAUGGAGACAUCUGCCAAAACUGCUUCUAAUGUAGAAGAGGCAUUUAUUAACACUGCAAAGGAGAUCUAUGAGAAAAUCCAGGAAGGAGUUUUUGACAUUAAUAACGAGGCAAAUGGCAUAAAAAUUGGCCCUCAACAUGCUGCAACUAAUGCAACGCUUGCAGGCAAUCAGGGAGGACAACAAGCUGGUGGAGGCUGCUGUUGAGCCUAUUUUUACUUUCUAGCUGCCUGGAUGGGGCCUACUAACUUUUUUUUCCCCCCUCCCCCUCCCCCCCGCCCCGCUCCGCUCGCCUCCACUUCAGUUCAACUGAGACAUGAAACUUGUAAGUUAGUUUCCUGUUGCAGAAGAAGACUUUAUCCUUCAAAUUCUUGUAUAACUUUGAAUAAAUGGUUAAUGUUCACUUAAAGACAGAUUUUGGAGAUUGUAUUCAUAUCUAUUUACAUUUGAUUUCUAGGUCAAUUGAUGUGAUUAUUUUUGUUAAAUGUUGUCUUGUGCCCUUGACUACGAACUGAAUUGUAUUAAACACUACAAAGUCAUCUGAGUAUUUUAAUCAGUUUGUGUAGUUAGGUUUCCCAGCUCCUGUGGUUACCUAAUGUUUAAUAUUGUAGAGCUGUCCUCAAGUUAUUUGUCAAUUUUCAAGGCUAUGAAGAGAAGCAGAAGGACUCUUUUAAUUCUGUAUUUAUCACUUUCUGUAUAUAUAGUUUAAUAACCUGCUUGGGUGUACUUGCCAAGCUAGAAUUCUUUAAUGCAUUUGCAUAAAUUCUAUACUACUUAGAGCUUGAAAACUACAGAAGCAUUAUUAGAAAUUGCUUGGAUGCUAAAUUUUAAACCUUUUUGACAUUGUUAGCAUGUUCAUCCUCCCCUGUUAUUAUCCUGAAGUCCAAGAAAAUGCUUAAUGUAUACUACUAGAGGCUACUUACAUGCUAUCUAUUUUAAUGCCAAAUGUUUGCUGUUUGUCCACAAUUUCCACAGCACCUCUUCAGAAAUGGAUUAGCUGUUUGCCUUAAUGAAUACUAGAGGUAAAAACAGAGUAUGAAUGAAAAAUACGGGAGUUGAUAAAUUUAAAAUGGCACAUUGUUAGAACUUUAAUGUUCUUUUCUUGUUUACCACUUGAUUUCUAGGUAUAUUUUUUCAUGCAAGGGCAGUUUUUCAACCUUAUUGUACAGUGUUUGUGUAAAGUUUUCUUUAGUGACAACUUGUAAUCCUAAGUAUAUGGUAAGCAUCUUGUCUAUUGUGAAGAGGGUGUGAAAAUAAAACCUGCCAGUUUGAAAAUCUUGAUGAAAAUAAAAACUAGAAAUGCUGUGGUACUUAUUAUAAGGGAGAGGAGGGGUUGUUCUGCCUCAAAUGAAAUGGUUGCAACCUUACAAAACAAAAUCCUGGGUUCAAGUGUUUAUUUGUUAAAGUACAGAAUACUCAUGUCACUUCUUCUACAAAUGAGGAAACAAAUGAGUUUCCAUCUCUUCAUUUUUAUAUGAAUUGCAGAUAAAAGGGUAACACUAAUGCAAGGCCAUCCUUCAUCUUUCUCUAAAAAGUUUAAAAAAAAAAAAAAAAAAAAGACUGCAAAAUUUGUUUCUUAUUGGACCAGUACUGACUGCAGCCUAACACUGGGGGACGUGGAUCCUCAUGUCAUCCAUUCUUACCGUCAAAACUUUAACAUUGAAAGUGAAUAAACCUCGGUCUGACAAGUGUAACAUAGCAAUGGUUCUGAGAUUAAAUAAAAGUUUAAAAGUGUGUGGAACCUUUUGUUUGUAUAUGGGGAAAGGGUCAACCAGUAGGGGUUUAUGCCCUCACUUACUGUAAAUCUUUCUUACCCAUGCAGGAGCAUUAAGUUUUUGAGAGGGUGCUCUACUUAUAUUCUUUCAACUGUUAACUACUUCUUACAUAAUAUUUGCAUUUAUGGAACACAAACACUUUUAUUGCUUCUGCUGAAGUUCAAAGAUUGCGUUGCAUAACAGUAAAACCCUGGGCAUAAGUUGUGUUGAUGCUGAGGCAAAACUGACUCACAGUAAUGAGGUGCUCACGUGAAAGAAAGGAAGAACAAACAAGUACUUGCUUCCCUGCUUGAGUUACUGCUUGAAGAUUUUUUGGAAUUGGCAAUGUAGCAGAGCUCAGUCACUUGAGACAAGAGACAGGAGAAAGCAUGCUCUUCUGUAGCAGCCUCAGCAACAUCAGAAAUGUGAGUAAAUUUCUCUUGGCUAUAAAAAUUGCCACUGUUAGGUGAGCAGAGAUGGGGAAGUUACACCCCAAUUCUGAGAAAAAGAAUAAUACAUGCUGUUUUAAGUGAUGAUGAUUUACCAAACUAGGAUACUAGACUAAAGCUUAUGACAGGCACUCAUUUUCUGAAAGCAUGGAACACAAUGGGAGGCAUAGGGUUGACCAGGAAUCCAGUGCCCUGGUAGCAGCAAGGAGUCACCUGCUUGCUCACUUUUUUUUCAGGGGGUGGGGGGGUGGUCACUGUGGCAAUUACAAUCACGUGUACAUUUUGAUUUUGAUCCUGCUGGUAGGUGCUUACAUGCCAGCCAGUCUUAUGCUGUACAGUGUAUGAAGAGGCUGGUACUUUCAAAGAGAAGCUAGAACAAAACAAGUUUCCUCACAUUCUGGCUUGCUUUUGUUACAAGCUCUGUGCGAACAUAAUCUUUUUGUUGCAUAAUAGAAACCUGUGUGUUUUGGGGGAUUUUGAGAAGCUAUUGUUUCUAUCUUGUGCUGUGAGAAUUUAAGUAUUAUAAUGCACAGAACCUAGCAGGAGGGUUUAAUUUUACAGUGUGUGCUUUAGAAGGAUUUUCUGUUACAGAUUUCAGUUUUAGUUGCAUAUGAGUGACUGAUAACUUCCAUUGUUUCCAUGUUGCAUUCCAGUUGCUUUUGAUGGCAUUUUUGUAACCAAAGAAUUAAAACGUGUCAUUGUUCCACAGCAACUUGUACAGCUGUUAAUGUAAUGCAAAACUACUGUCAAUACUGAAAAAUCAUAUCAAGGUGCAGUUUCCCAGUACCCCGACUUACUGUAUGGUAUAAACUACAGUUAACUUGCAAAAGAAUAAAUUUGGAGUGACAGAUCCUCUAAGCAUGA